UAUUUUCGCAUUAUAAUGCCAGAGUGUGAAUUUUUGUGGGUCUAACUAAUGUGCUAGGGAAACUUAGCGAUUUGCUGCGCGUCCGCGAGAUCGCGUCCGCAUGUCCUUUACGGUCAAAUUUAGUUCGUUGGUUAACCUUGGCGUGUUUCAGCGUUACGAAAAUAAUCACAAUGGAAAGACUGAUGUAGCCGUCCAGUCUCUCAUGGUUUUGACAGAAAUCUCAUCAUUACUUCGUCAGUGGAGCAUUCCUUUGGUGUUAAGUGAUUUCCUUUUUCAUUUAUUUAGCCAGGGUUGAUAACGGACAUCAGGAUGGACAAGGCCAGCAAAGUGUUACGAAGGAGUAGUGUUCGAAUCAGAUCUAUUGGUAGUGGACAUGGUGAACUAAAUUUGGUGAUAUCGGAACUUAAAGACAUGAGAGUUGCUGCGAAGGCAUUCCUCAAUGCUCAACAAACAGCAUCUUCAGAACUUCUACAGUGGGCACAAGCAGGAGAAAAUAGAGCGAUUCAAGAUACUUUUGUAUUUUUAAAUGAACUAAAUACACUCUGGAAUGAAACUCAAAAAGACUUCACAGAGCAUCUUAAAGAAUUUAAAUCUCAAUUUGACUUAAUUUUGGAAGGAGAGAAACAUGUUGACCAAGCCAGGGCAGCAGUGGAACUAUGUGAUCAAAGAGAAGGCAAACUGAAAAAGGAGGUGAAGAAAGCAAGGAAAUGCUCAGCUUUAGAAAUGGAAGACUUGGAGAAACGAUUGUGUGAGGCUGCACGUGCCAAGGAAGUUGCUCAAUUAGAGGUGGAUGAUCGUGUUCGUGAAAAUGAGGUAGUCAAGAUGAUUCGCGUUAAAGGAAGCCUUCUAAAGCUCUCAGACACAUAUGUAGAGCUAGCAAACAAAUGCAAAGUAAUUUUUGAGGCAUAUGGUGAUGUUGUCCAACAAUUACCUGAUGUUGAUGGGGAGGAUUUACAAAACAUCAGAUACACAGGGUAUGAGGCAUCUAAACAAGCAGUUACUCGGGCUAAAGAAGAUGUUCAUCAGUAUCGGCGAAGGACACAUAAUUUUGUACCCUGUGCACCUCAACCAGAGGACCCUCCACCACCUUAUUCUAUUUGUCCACCUUACAAUCCAUCUUUUAGGCCAGGUGGAACACAACGCUCUUACUAUGUAGGCCCAAGUACAAGUUAUGAUGUGACUGAUGGUGGAAGUAGUGAACAUAGGAGGAGCUCAAAUGCACUCUCAAGUAGUGCUGUAAGCAGUACUUCAGAUCCAAGAGCUCAGCCUUCAACCUCAUCCAAUUCCAAUAAUAGACCCAGACGUAGAGGAUUUUUCUUUCGCACGUCUUUCCGAAGAUCUGACUCCACAGGAAGUAGAAGUCAUCAGCGGCCAACUGAAAAUAUUCGUCCACGCUCAAUGCCUGGUCCAUCAAGAUCGUCCAAUCCUUUCGAAAAUGUUGAUGAAAGUGAAGAAAACCAUGUCAGUUCAACUCAAAGAGUUGGAAGCAGUAGUAGUCCAUCAGCCAUAGAAGGAGUAACAGACUCCUUGAGUCAGACAAGAAUCAGCUGAAUUUUUGCAGCACACCUCUUGAAAUGUGGACCAAUCAAUUUAUGUUUUUAUUGUUGUAUUUCUUAUCAAAUAGUUAAGAAUUUUAUUUCAUAUUGAUAUAGUGCUGUAAGUUUUGUGAAUUAUGAUGAAGUUUUAAUGAAUUUGCUCCAAACAACAUUUUUAUUUACUGUGUCAAUGUUGUCUGUUAUGCUAGGCACUUACCAUUUUUGGAGGAAAGGUUUGAUUUUCACUGGAAUUGUAUAUCCACCUAGAGUAAUUGAGCCCUGUUUUCUUGACACAGAACUACUGUGUACUCCUCCUUUGCAUGGUGUCCUUUUGGACUGUUGUAAAUAUUUUAUUAAUAGCACUUGUUUAUUUUUUUAUUUCUAUGUCCUUGUUUGACCAAUCAUCAUCACUUUUGUGAGGCUGAAUGAAGUUACUCAUAUCAUUUAUGUUCGUGCAGGAACUGAAUUAUUACUUCAGUUUCUGAUCUAUGGUGUUAUCUUGAAGAUGUUAACAUUCUUUUCUCCAUUUUUUUGUAUACUCUUUUAUAUCUUGUCUUCAUUCUAUUAAUUUUUUUUUCCAAGGAACUAUUGAAGUAUAUAUUUUUUGCACUAUGUACUUGAUAACAUCACAUUUGAAAGAAACUUGUUUUUUUUUGUAAAUCUUGGUGCUCUUAGUGGCUUAAAUAUCACUUCCAUUUGAAAUAUUUUCUAGUCAUGUCAAUUUUAUUGUUCUUUUCUUUUGAAAACAAUGUCAUUAUUACUAUUUCAUAAGUUGCGUGCACAAUGCUUUUUCAGUUGUAUCAUCUAAAGAAAAAGCUGAUGUUGCCGAUUUAUGUUCUUUACAUGUCUGUGCCAAUUGCGCAGCCUAUUGCUUUUUUGUCGUUUGAUUGUAUAUUCACUUGAAGUGUCAUGCUAUUAUUUUUGUGUUAUUUAAAAUUUGCACUAUUUUCUCAUCUCAUAUACAUAUAUGUCAUAUGUAGACUGGUUUAGUGCUUUCUAGGCCAACCCUGUAAUUGUUGGAAGUUCAAGCCUUCAGCUUUUUUUGUUUUAAGAUUUGUUAGAGACAAGGCUUUUAUUUUCCAUAGCACAGCUACCAUUUGCUUUAUCUUUGAAAGUGCUGGUACGUUGGUUUCAACAACUCAUCAUACAUAAGCCUUCCCUAUUUCUAGAUUUUUGGAUUAAAGUGAGUAAGUGGUUAACACUCCUGUGCAAUAUGUAUAUGAUGGACUGAAGAAGAGACUUGAUUUACUGAAUCAUUAUCAUUUGUGUUAGAAAUUUUGAUACCGUCCCAUUAUUGAUAUUUGAAGUAUAUUUUUUUAAAGUAAUCAAAUUGCAGGAUAAAAAACAUUGUGUAAAUUUUAAAGUUAGCAAAUGUUUACAGAGAUAACCCCACAAUAGGGAAUUGUACAUUUAUAAUUCAAUUGUCAGCUGCAAGCUCUCUAUAAAUGUUAAGUUGAGAUGACAAUGUUUUGUUUCUGUCAGUUGGGAAACAAGAACCUUCCUACCCUGUAGCUGUCUUGUCAAUAUUUUUUUUAUAAAACCAAGUUUUUUGAUGUCAUUUCUACGGGGGCGCCCCGAUUAGCCGAAGCUCGUUUGUCCGAACCUAAUUUAUCUAUUUUGGUAAAUAAAAUGAGUAAAGUAGUUAA